UUGACCAUCACUUCCCAACUUUGCAGUUUGUGGCAGAAACAGAUCCGCCUGCUUGCUGGUCACGUGAGAGAGCAACAGCCCGGUUUUACUAUCGUAAGGAAAAACGGAUCGAGAUGCGUUUGUGCACUGUUAGGCUAAAUGCAAGAAUGCACACUGGACUAGUCUAAUAAUUGACAUUGUGUUAUUUGCCCCAAGAAAACAAUGCACAGCACCUUUCUACUUUUCAGUCAAUGUGCUCUUCGUUUUGCUUUCAGUCUGAGGUUCGGUUAGAGGUGCUCAAGUUAUGAGUGAAAAGUUUAAAAAAAAAAAAAGUGUACAGCAGGCGCUGGGAAGCAUUUUUAAGCGAUAAAAACUGCAGAUGUGUGUCAGUUUACGACGGCGUUACCUUCAUUUGUACGAAAAUCGGAAUUGUGACACUAAACUACGCUAAUGGAGUCGUCAAGUCAUAAUUACAGUUAACAUUCGAAUGAAAAACACCUCUAGGGCGAAAAUAUCAAACACUCCAAUGAAAAACAGUAAGUAAGGCGGUAACUGAGGGUGCCUUCCUCUGCGGCGUGAUGACGUGUUCUCCAUUCGUGCCGUAGUCUAUCAGUUACAUAGUAGUAAAGUCGUAAUUACUGUACAUAUUUGUAUGCAAAAUACCUUUACACUAUAAAUAUAAACCAAUGCAACAAGCCGAUGAAAAACAGUAAGUACAGCGGUAACUGAGGGUGCAUUCUUGUGUGUGCUGUUGGAACCAUCGUAAACCGAGGGCCCCUGUAUUUGAAUGCUGUAUAUGCACAAUACCGACAAUGUCUGCAAAAAUGCUUUACUUAUGUAGUUGAAGAUCGAAGUUGCUCUGUGGCCUUCUUGCAGUUCAUUUUCAUGCUUUCACUCAUGGAUUUAUGCAAAAAUAACCAAAUGCUCAAAGAUAAUCCACGUGUGACGGCGUAGGCUCCCCUCACGACGAUCCCCAGCUCCCCAUGUCCGGUGACCCUUACACUUUCUCCAGUGACUCUCUCCCCGCUGACCUCCGCUUCCUGCCUCCGCUGGCCAACGGCCUUUUGGGAUGGCGGGUGUACAACAAUACCAUGCACGUGGGCGGCGUGUACAACGGCGAACGGGGUGAAUGUCACCGUGCAGAUGUGCCCUGUCCUCUAGCCGUGAUGGUUGAGACAGAGGAAGCUGGUCAAGACCGCUACAGCCUGGACACCCACACAGGUGUUUUCACGCACACACUGACCUCAGCCAGCGUAACAGUUUCCCAGUCUUUCUAUCCGCACCGCUACCACUCCAACCUGAUGGUGAUGGAGAUUCUGUUGGCGCGCCAUGUGACCUCAGAGGUGGCGUUCACAGUGAACCUGGCCACUUCCUUCACCUCUCAGAGCAAAGACAUUGAUUUUCAGGCUGCUCCUGACUACAGAGGUGGGAGUCACAUUCAAGGUCACACCCGCACGGCAGAGUUCCCAGGAGGUCCUUGUCCCACAGUGCAUCUCAUCUGGACCCCCAUACCCUCCACGCUGACACUACCACCUGAGCGAAGCCAGGACCGCUGGGGCUUCAUUCUAGCGGGGGCUAAUUGUUUAGAUGUCGCUGAGGCCAGUUUUGACGAGGGCCUGGAGCUGAUGGCGACGGGUGGCCUGCGCCCCUCUCACGAGAAGGCUUGGGAGGAGCUGUGGCUGCAGAGCAGGGUGGAGGUCGCGGGAUCCGAGCGCCUCUUGAAAGCUGUGAUCGGUUGCAUGUUCUACCUCCUCAGUGCCUUUCCCUCCAUCCACGACACAUCUGGCUUUUUUGGCGGUGUCAGUCCAGGUGGACUCUCGAAUGGCUCGGAAGCUCAGGAUUAUUGGGGCCAUGUUUUCUGGGACCAGGAGAUCUGGAUUUACCCCAAUGUAGCUUUAUUCUACCCCAAACUGGCCCGCGCAGCACUGGAGUACAGGAUGCGGACUAUCGACGGAGCUAAAUACAAUGCUCAAAAGCAGGGAUUCAAGGGGCUGAAGUUGGCAUGGCAAAGUGCUGUGUCAGGGAGGGAAAUGUGCCCUGAGGACAUUUACGGACUACAAGAGAUUCACAUCAAUGGAGAUGUCGCACUGGCCUUCCAGAAUUACUACUAUCUCACUGAGGAUGUGACAAUGUUCACAGAUGGACAGGGCCGUCAGCUGAUAUGGGGCGUGGCCGAUUACUGGGUUUCCAGGGCAACCUGGAGCCCUGACGACCAGAAGUAUCAUCUCUUAGGUGUCAUGCCACCAGAUGAGUAUUACUACAAUGUCAACAACUCUGUCUACACAAACACAGUGGCCAAAUUAAGUCUGCAGUUUGCUGUGGAAUUAGCUGCUCUUCUCAAACACCCCGCACCAAAGGAAUGGCAAGAUGUGGCGGACAACAUCCAAAUACCUUUUGACCAGCAAUCUCUGUACCAUCCCGAGUUUGAAGGCUAUUCUAAAGGUUAUCCAGUCAAACAGGCCGACACUGUGAUGCUGAGCUAUCCUCUUGGCCUACCCAUGUCGCCUGAGAUCAGAAGAAAUGACCUCGAAGCAUAUGAAACAGUCACUGACCCUCAUGGACCGGCCAUGACAUGGGGAAUGUUUGCGAUUGGUUGGCUGGAGCUGGGGGAGGCGGAGAAAGCUCAACGUUUGCUUGAGAAGUGCUUCAGAAACAUCCAAGGACCUUUCCAGGUUUGGAGUGAAUCAUCAGACGGUUCCGGCGCAGUCAACUUUCUUACAGGUAUGGGAGGAUUCUUGCAAGCAGUGGUGUUCGGUUACAGUGGCUUCAGAGUUCAAAAGGAAUGCCUCGCCUUUUCCCCCCUUCUUCCCAAUGACCUGAGUGAGCUUUGCAUCCGUGGCGUGAGCUACCUGGGCCAUCAGCUGGACUGGCUGUUUCGCAAAGAUGAAGUGUGCGUCAUACUGAGGGAGCAGGAAGGCGGUGCUGCAAGUGCAAAGAUAUGCGAUCUGCAGGUGGUCCUCAAGGCAUCGGGGACUCAAAUCCCUUUAACUCCAGGGGCGCCAGUGACCUUUCCUCGAGAGCCUGGCUGUGUUUGCAGACUUGAAUUGUCGUCUUUCUGCUGGCCUUUCUGAAUAAUUUGAAAAUAUCCAUCCAUCCAUCCAUUAUCUGAGCCGCUUAUCCUCACAAGGGUCACGGGAGCGCUGGAGCCUAUCCCAGCUAUCAUCGGGCAGGAGGCGUGCUACACCCUGAACUGGUUGCCAGCCAAUCGCAGGGCACAUAUAAACAAACAACCAUUCGCACUCACAUUCACACCUACGGGCAAUUAACCUACCAUGCAUGUUUUGGGGAUGUGGGAGAAAACCGGAGUGGCCGGAGAAUACCCACGCCGGCACGGGGAGAACAUGCAAACUCCACACAGGUGGGGCCGGGGAUUGAACCCCGCACCUCAGAACUGUGAGGCUGACGCUCUAACCAGUCGGCCACCGUGCCGCCUUAUUUGAAAAUGUUUUGGGAAAUGCCUCAAACUCAAGUCAGUAAGCUCUUCACAAUACUUGCUCAACAACGGACAGCAAGAACAAUUUCAUGUCCGACCGUAAGAACUAUUCACUGUACUAGUUUAAUAAAACU